AUGAAUUUUCAACAAACCAACGGAAAUUCCUUUAACAAACAGAAUUUAAAUAAUAAUCCGGAAAUCAUGAAUAAUGGUUCUAUGAACGCUAAUGGUAAUAGUAAUGGCAAUAGUGCUCCAGGAAUGGCCUCUUCGCAUAAUAAUGACAUGCAAGUUUUAAUCUCAGAUUCAAUAUCUGCAAACCCUGACCAAUUGUUAAAUGCCUAUAUUUACGACUAUUUGGUAAAAGCAGGGUUAGAUUCAAGUUCUAAAGCAUUUUUACAGGAAGCUAAUGUUCCGAUGAGUAAGAACGGCCAACCAGUCAAUAAGUCUCAGUUUAAUGACAAUAAUAUUCAACCAAAAAUCGAAUUAUCGAUGGAUUCCCCUCGUGGCUUUUUACAUGAAUGGUGGGAGAUAUUCUGGGAUAUAUUCAAUGCCAAGGCUGGUAAAAUGAGUUCUCAAAGGGCUCAGAUAUAUUAUAGUAUCGAAAAUCAAAGGAGAUCCAAAAAUUCAUCUUUAGUGAACUUCCCUCUGCAUACCAACUCCCCUCAAACCCCAAUUCAGCACACACCAAUACCUCAGCCGUCUUUACAGCAGCAACAGCAACAGAUGGUGAAAAAUGGACAAAUUAUGAAAAAUGGACAGAUUAUAACAUCAAACCCAAACUCGCCAAUGGUUCACAGCCCUUUGACCGUUAACCCUCCAAUGAAUUCAUUCGUCUUUCCUCAGCAGAGGUCGACUCAACAGACAAGAAUACAACAACAACAACAACAACAACAGCAACAACAACAACAACAGCAACAACAACAACAACAACAACAACAGCAACAGCAACAACAACAGCAACAGCAACAGCAGCAGCAGCUAAAGAAAAAAAAGGGGGUCAAUGGUGCAGUUAGAACUCCUCCAAAUCAUAUGGCAAUGGUCUCGCCUCCUAUCCAACAACCCCCAAUAACUAUGCUAAGUCAUCAAUACCUUCCUCAACAACCUUCCUUGUCAGCUCAUCCUUCCCAAGUUAUGGCGCAGCAUGGUCAAGCAUUGAAUGGCUCAUCGAACAUGGCCCCUCUUCCGAGUGCAAGGUCCUUUGAUAGCGAUGAUGCAAGUGGCAAGCAGCAGCAGCAAAAUAUCAAAGAGUUAAAUAAUGAGGAAAGUGGCCCUAGUGACUCUAAAAGACCUUUAUCUGCUUCAAACCAGCAAUUUAGUAAACAAGGCGACGAGGUUGGUGCUAGUAAUCUGCUCACAGGAAAUCAAGUGAUGGAUAAUAAAAUGAGCGUACUAAGGGAUUAUCAGCUACAAUUAAUUAUUCUAGAGCGCCGAAACAAGAAGAAUUUGGAGGUUUUCAAAAAUGAUAAACCUGUUCAAGGAACUGCGUUUGUAGAUAAUAAUUUGAAUGUUGGUCAACUACCAGAAAAUGAUAAGAAAAAUGAUGGUACUACAAAACUGCUGGUUAAAAUAGAAGAAAUUAAUAAUGCUUUGGAUGGAGAAUCUUUGGAGGACAAAAUUGAUGACAAAGAUAAUAGACUUGAAACUACCACAACUGCUACAGUUGUCACCAGCUCCGGUAAGAAGAGGAAACCAAGGAAGAAAAAGACUGCCGCUGUAACUGCUGACCCUGAAUCUUCAUCUCCCGCAGAUCCUUUGACACCAAUAAUGAGUAUUGCCGCUAAUGAUGUGGGUGCCCCCAAUACUGGGAAAAGUGGUCGUGAUACACCAACCCUAUCAACAAUUCCGGCAGCUUCUGGCAAAAGAAAGCCUUCAGCCACAUCUAUUUAUCAUUCUAAUAAAAAACGAGAUACAAAGCAGUCGUCGAAGUUGGACCCUAAAACAAAAAGUACUAAGAAGAACACUAUUGUGGUGAAUAAUGGCAAACAUGAACUUUUGGGUACAUCAAUUGACACUGCCUCUCAACGCCAACAACAAAGAGAUGAAACCAGUCAAUUUAAUGGGAACCAGGAACAAUCCCAAGCCCUGCAACUGCAGGCGCAUGGCGAUUUCAAUUCUGACGAAUUCAUGUUUAAUGAAAAUGGAUUUGAUCUCGGCUUUUAUUUCGACAAUAAUGAUUGGAACCAAGAUAUGCAAUGA